AUGACGGGAUUAACAGCUGAAGAGGAGAGGUUAAAAGAUGUCAAGUAUAGACAAUGGGGACCCUAUGUGUCUGAAAGGUCCUGGGGUACAGUCCGUGAGGAUUAUAGUGCUGACGGAAAUGCAUGGGACUCGUUCAAAUUCGAAGAUUACGCAAGAGUAUCACGUUGGUCACAGGAUGGGUUAGCUGGUGUUUCAGAUAGACGCCAAUUGGUCAAUUUGACAAUGGCGUUGUGGAACGGUAAAGAUGAUAUUUUAAAAGAGAAAUUGUUUGGGUUGACCAAUAAUCAAGGAAAUCACGGCGAAGAUGUCAAGGAGUUGUACUAUUAUCUUGAUAACACCCCUUCUCAUUCUUAUAUGAAGUAUUUAUACAAAUAUCCUCAGAAUAAAUUCCCUUAUGAGCAAUUGAAGCAAGAAAAUGCCAAAAGGACAAGAUUGGAUCCAGAGUAUGAACUUGUUGAUACUGGGCUAUUUGACAAUAAUGAGUACUUUGAUGUUGUUUUUGAAUGUGCCAAAAGUUCUUGUGAUGAUUUGCAUUUCAGAAUUACAGCAUAUAACAGGAGCGAUAAGCCUGCUCCAUUACAUAUUUUGCCCCAUGUUGUCUUGAGAAACACGUGGAUUUGGGGUACCGAGGACAGUGCCAAAGAAAAACCACAUGUGAAGCAAGUCGACGAUUAUACAAUUGAGGUUGAAACUACCAAGUUUGGCAAGAGGUACUUGUCGUUUGCACCAUCUCCCGGUGUAACUGAUGAGUCACCCGAUGUUGAGCCACAAUUGAUAUUUUCAGACAAUGAAACAAAUACUCAGAAGUUGUAUGGACAAGUGAAUAAACACAAAUACACCAAAGAUGCAUUUCACGAAUUGGUGGUUCAUGACAAGCAAGAGGCUGUCAAUCCGGAUAAAGAAGGUACUCAAGCUGCAGCCUGGUAUAUAUUUGACCAAGAUGGGGGUGUACCACCAGGAGAUUACAUCACCAUUCGUUACCAAUUCACCAAGGAGAAAUCUGAUGUCGACGAGUACAAAUUGGACCAAAUCUUGAGCAAGAGGCAAAAUGAAGCAGAUCAGUUUUACUGGAAAGUUAGUCCCAUACCAAUCAGCGAUGAGUUGAGACAGAUCCAAAGGUAUGCAUUUGCCGGUUUAUUGUGGUCAAAACAAUUUUAUCAUUUUGUACACAAUUACUGGGCCUAUGGUGAUCCAAAUACUGUCAAACCACCUGUUAAUAGGGCCAAUGGUAGAAACAAGGAAUGGAGCCACUUGUACAUUGAAGAUGUAUUAUCGCUUCCCGAUAAAUGGGAGUAUCCAUUUUUUGCAGCUUGGGACACUGCAUUUCACUGUGUACCACUUGCAAUGAUUGAUCCAUGGUUUGCCAAGAAUCAAAUUGAUUUGCUUACAAGAGAAUGGUACAUGCACCCAAAUGGGCAAAUUCCCGCAUACGAGUGGAAUUUCAGUGAUGUUAAUCCACCAGUUCAUGCAUGGGCUGCUUACAGGAUUUUCAAAAUUGAAAGAAAAAUGUAUGGACGUGAAGAUAUUGAUUUUUUGGAAAAAGUGUUUCAAAAAUUGAUGUUGAAUUUUGCAUGGUGGGUGAAUAGAAAGGAUGCAGAAGGACACAAUAUUUUUGAAGGUGGGUUUUUGGGAUUGGAUAAUAUUGGCGUUUUUAACAGAUCCGAGGCUUUACCAACGGGUGGUAAUUUGGAACAAGCGGACUCAACAGGUUGGAUGGCAUUUUUCUCACUACAAAUGUUGAAUAUCGCUUUGGAGUUGGCCAAAACGAGACCAGUUUAUGAAAAUAUUGCUUCCAAAUUCUUUGAGCAUUUUGUUAUCAUUGCUGAUGCAAUGACAUUCAGGGGUGGCGAUGAUGAAUCCACCAAGAAUUCCUUAUGGGAUGAGCAGGACCAAUUUUAUUAUGAUGCUAUUAGACAUGGUGACCAUCACACGCAGACAUUACCUGUUAGAUCAUUGGUUGGGUUGAUUCCGCUUUAUGCGUCAUUGACUUUGGAGCCUGAAUUGUUGAAUAGAUAUCCAUCUUUUAGGAAAAGAUUGAACUGGUUUCUUGAGCAUAGAAGGGAUAUAGCUAGUAGGAAUAUUGCUUCGAUGGAUACCAGGGGUGUUGGUGAGAGAUUGUUAUUAGCCUUGGUGUCUAAAGAGAGACUUGUUGCAAUAUUGCAACGGAUGUUUGACGAGAAUGAGUUUUUGUCACCAUACGGAAUUAGAUCCUUAUCUAAGUAUCACAAAGACCAUCCAUUUGAAAUGGAAGUUAAUGGAGAAAAAUUCAAAGUUGAAUAUUUGCCAGGGGAAUCAGAUUCGGGGAUGUUUGGAGGUAAUUCGAACUGGAGAGGUCCGAUUUGGUUUCCUACCAAUUUCUUGCUAGUUGAAGCAUUACAGAGAUUUUACUUGUACUAUGGACCUGAAUUGAAAGUUGAGUGUCCAGUUGGUUCAGGAGAGUUUUUGAAUUUAGCACAAUGUGCACAGGAGAUUCAGCAUCGUAUGAUUCAUUUGUUUUUGCCUGACGAGGAAGGUAACAGGGCGUGUAAUGGAGACAAUGAGUUGGCUAACAAAGAUACAUUUUUCAAGGACUAUGUUCCAUUUUAUGAAUACUUUGACGGCGACACUGGUAGAGGAUUGGGAGCAUCUCACCAGUGUGGAUGGACGGCGGUUGUUGCUAAAUGGAUCCAUGAUAACGGUGUUUCAAGUAGAAUACCCAAAACACCAAGAACUCCACUUCAUAGGAAGAAAUCCUCAUGUUAUCUUCAUGAUAGUGAGGAGAAAACCAAAGAAGAGAUUCAAAAGUAUAGACCGAAACCAGGUCCAUUUUCAGGAAAAUUAGAAAGAAGAAAAUCCGGUAAAUCUUUGUUAACUUUAACAGUGAAUGCAUUAGACUUGAACGACGAUGAGAAAGAAUCUCAUUCAAACAUCAAUGCUGCAAGAGAGUUGGUAGGUUUAGACCAUGGUGUCAAUGUUACUGAUGAAAUAAUUAAGCAAGAAUUGAAAGAGUUGCACAAGAUGCAAUCAGGAGCUUCAAUUGACUCGGAGUAUGAAGACGACGAAGAUUUCUUAGACCAAGUCAAGGCCGCUUUCAAAAAGUACAAGACAAGAACUGAAGAGGAGGGUGACGUUUCAGGUGAUGAAUUUGAAACGAGGUGCUAA